UAAACUAUAUAGAGCAGAAAGUUUCCAACAAAUUGUAAAGCAGUGAGAUGCAUAUGCUUUAUUUUGUCAUCUCUUUGCAAGGGGAAGUUCUAAAAUGCUGAAAAAUCAUAAAAAAUGAAUGAAAUAUAAAAGAAGCCAAAUUGGAGAAAAACUACAAAAUAGGAAAUUCUACUUGUCUUGGAAUUUUUUUCAGAAAGAGCUGUUUAAGCCCUUUUCUAAUAAGUGAAUUGAGAUAUCUAUGCUGAAUGGAAGCCGAGGGAGUGGCACUCAGAGUUCCAAAUACAUACAUCCCCUGACUAUACAAUUAUGGGGAGCCUUCAAUGCUGUUAUUUUCAACACAAUUCUGUUUCUUGCAUCAGUGUCCCAUUUAAGAGCAGUUUUGUCAGAUCCAGGAAUUGUUCAACUUCCAACAACAGGACUUGAUUUUUCUGAUUUACAUGCUGGAAAAACCAUGCCUAAUUUGAAAGAUGGCUGGAGCGUUUGCAUGAAAUGUGAAGCAUAUAGACCACCAAGGGCACAUCACUGUCGAAUCUGCAGAAGAUGUGUCAAAAAAAUGGACCAUCAUUGUCCAUGGAUAAAUAACUGUGUUGGAGAACUUAACCAGAAGUAUUUUGUCCAGUUUUUAUUCUACAUUGGUUUAUCAAGUGUUUAUGCAACAACGCUAGUGAUAGCAACUUGGAUUGUUGAUCCAGGAAUCGGAGACAAACAUUCUAGAUUAAUUCAUUCUGUGUUACUUGUUGUGGAAUCACUUCUCUUUGGAAUGUUUGUUCUAGCAAUUGGAUGUGAUCAGCUUUCAGCUAUACUUAGUGAUGAAACUGGAAUAGAACAUGUCAAAAAGGAAGGACCUACUAGACCAAAAAAGUCAUCUUUUGCAUUAAUGCAGGAGGUUUUUGGAAGAGGACAUCCAGCUUUGUGGCUCUUUCCAUUACAGUUUCGACCUGUUGAAAUCGACCGUUACGAUCUGUAUCAUGUGUAGUAAUUAUUAAUUGUACACAGGAUAAAUCUCUGCCAUGCAGUCAGCUAAAAGUUAACUAAAAAGUCUAGGAAGCUAUUAAGGUGACUGAAUCACAUAACUAUGCCAGGAUAACUAUGCCAUUCUGUCACAUUUCAGUUAGUCUUACCUUUCGGUUAUCUGAAUGGCAUAGUUUUAUUCUGUGGUACGUGGCGUAUAUUUUGAGGUGACAGAUCGAAAUGAAGUCCAAAAGUGUACUACUCAAACACAUUCCAGACUUUAUCAUUUUUGAUUGUGAAAAUUAUAAAAAUGUUUGGUUCGUUGCUACACCUUAUUCAGUAUUCAUAUAGUAAGAUAGAUCCUGAAUAUAUUCAAAGUACUCUAUAAAAAAAAAAAAAAAAAAAAAAAAAAGAGAAAAA